CUUUGCUGGGGUAGUUUUGUCAUUGGCGGAGCUGGGACAAAAAAAUAAAAAAAAGGAAAACCAGUACGCCAAGCAAGAACAAGAAAGAAUCAAGAAGAAGAAAGUUGAAACUAUUACUGUGUUGAUUGGUGUUAGUGAGAGUGUGCGCAAACAGCUGAGUCAUGGGCGAGUCAAGUGACUCGGUUUCUAUAGAUAUUAACAUGCUUCCUUUUGAAGGAAAGGAAUAUGUAGUGAAAACAAGUGGAGGUUCAAUUACAGUGUAUGUUUGUGGCGAUCAAGAAAAGCCUGCUUUGAUUACUUACCCAGAUGUUGCUCUCAAUUACAUGUCUUGUUUCCAAGGCCUCUUCUUUUGCCCAGAGGCAGCUUCUUUAUUGCUUCAUAACUUCUGCAUUUACCAUAUUGAUGCCCCGGGCCAUGAGUUGGGAGCUGAUGUCAUUUCUUCAGAUGUUCCAUUACUUAGUGUGGAUGACUUAGCAGACCAGGUUGCUGAAGUGCUCGAUUUCUUCAGGCUGAAAGAGGUUUUGUGCUUAGGCGUAACAGCUGGUGCUUACAUCCUGACACUUUUUGCAAUGAAAUACAAAGAACGGGUGCUUGGAUUAAUACUUGUUUCUCCUAUUUGUAAAGCACCCUCAUGGACUGAGUGGCUUUAUAAUAAGGUGUUAAUGAAUUUGUUAUACUUCUACGGUAUGUGUGAUAUAUUGAAGGAGUGUCUCAUCCAGCGUUACUUCAGUAAGGAAACUAGGUGUGGUGUGCAUGGUGCAGAAUCAGACAUAAUUCAUGCUUGUAGAAGGUUGCUGGAUGAGAGGCAAAGUUUAAAUGUUAUGCGUUUUCUUCAAGCAAUUAAUGAGAGACAUGACCUUACAGACAGCUUAAAGGAGUUGCGGUGCAAGACACUCAUUUUUGUAGGUGAAAGUAGCGAGUUCCGUGAUGAGUCUGUGCAUAUGUGUGCCAAAAUGGGCAAGAAAAGCUGUGCCCUGGUUGAGGUUCAGGCAUGUGGCUCACUGGUGACAGAAGAGCACCCAUACGCCAUGGUAAUCCCAAUGGAACUCUAUCUAAUGGGAUUUGGAUAUCACAGACAACCUCAUUUUGCUUCCUCGUCGAGUAAUGGCUCCAACCCUGCUAGUCCUUCAAGCCAUUCUUGUAUAGCACCAGAACUUCUCUCACCUGAGAGUUUGGGGGUCAAGCUCAAACCUAUUAAAACGCGUGUGCAUGUUGAAGCUUGAUGUGUUGAAAAAUGGUUUCAUAAACACAAAUUCCAGUUCGGCAGUCCAAGUGAAGCAGCUUUGCACAUAUGACCACGAUCAGUGUAUAAUAUCUAGGAUAGCAAAAUUCACAUUCUUUGAUUGUAUUGGAGGGAGGAGGAAUUUUGGAAUGUACAAAGAAUUUAUAGAUUUAAGGCAACUUUGUGUUCUUUUAGCGGAGCAAGCACUAGUAGUAUCUUAUCUGGUUGUGCAAUCAUUCUUUAGUGGAGGAUCAAUGUGAAGAUUUCAUUGCUUUUGUACCUAAAAUCUUUUUCAGGCUUUUUCAGAUUGAACUUACAUUUUUCUUUAUUGAUGAACACUGGAUUGCUGGGACUUCAAUUGAUUAAUGAACUUGCUAAUCUUAUUCUAUUUA